GCGAGUUGGUUGUUGCCGCAAUUUGUGGUGCCCCUUGACCCCAACGCACAGACCAUACGUAAAAUAGUACAAAGGUCAGAUUUUGGGGUUAGAUUUUUAGAGACUCUGUGGAAAAUGGGGCGUUUGGACGGGAAAGUGGCACUUUGCACGGCGUCUGCACAGGGGAUAGGACUAUCUACAGUUCUGGCAUUUGCUAAGGAGGGAGCCAGAGUGAUCGCUACAGAUGUCAACAUCAGUAAACUGGAGCAGGAAGUCAAAGAUGUGCCAGGAAUUGAAGCCAAGACACUGAAUGUGGCAGACAAGGACCAGGUUACAGCACUGGUGGACCAGUUAGACCGUGUGGACAUCCUCUUCAACUGUGCAGGAAUAGUUCACAAUGGCACAAUCCUGGACUGUGAGGAGGCUGACUGGGACCAGACCAUGAAUGUGAACCUGAAGAGCAUGUACUUCCUGUGUCGUGCUGUUCUUCCAAAGAUGGUGGCACAAGGUUCUGGGUCUAUCGUCAGCAUGUCCUCUAGUGCUUCAAGUAUUAAAGGUGUUCCCAUGCGUUUUGCCUACUCCGUCAGUAAGGGAGGAGUCAACGGACUGACCAAAGCCAUCGCUGCAGACUUUGUCUCCAAAGGGGUUCGCUGUAACUGUAUCUGUCCAGCUACAGUAGAAACACCCUCGCUGCAGGAGAGAAUCGACGCUUUCCCUGAUCCUGUCAAGGCACGAGCAGACUUCAUCGCUCGACAGAAGAUGGGUCGCGUUGGUAAGCCUGAGGAGAUCGCAGCCCUGGCCGUGUACCUGGCAUCUGAUGAGUCUGGAUACACCACAGGCCAGGAGCUUGUGAUUGACGGAGGCUGGAGCCUUGCUUAGACUGACUCAGAUAUACCACAACUACAUGUCUGAGGCCUCGUCUUUGGCAUUCCAAAGAAGUUCUAGCAGUGCAAUGAUGAAGAGAUCUCAUUUUAUAUUUCAACAGUUGUAUUAUUACAAAUAAAGUUUUAAAGACUCCAACGUUGAUGAAUACUGGAGAUACUACUUAUUGAUGCAAUAUGCAAUAGAUAGACAUAUCGAACUAAACAGCUGUAACAAUUGUGACAAUCAUGGGAUUGUGUUUUUGACAUGAAGACCCAAUAAAUACCCACAGCGUCUUCCUAUCGCACCGUUGUUUUAUCUCCCUGAAAAAUUGACAAGAGGUAUUGUUUUGGGUUUGUUCGUCUCCAGAGGGUUUUUUAUGCUAACAUCAUCCACUGUGCAGGUAAAGACCUUUCCAGAUGCCGUAGUACAUCUGUUUGAACAAGCAGAAGACAUUUAAGGUCGUGCACAAAGUCCUCAUCUGACAGCCUAUGCGAUAUAGAUGUAGUAAGUAGUUAACAUUUGAGUGUAAAAAUUGUUGACUAAUGUUGGACAUCUUCAAAUUACCUCAGGAAUUACUUCAGGACUGAAUGUUCUACAAAGUAUGCGUACAAUAAACAUGAAAGACUUUGUGUGGUGAACUGUUACAGUAUUUCUAAGAAAUAAUCGAGUCAAAAAUGGCAAAUUCUAAGUUACUGGAAAAAUCAUGCCCAAUUUUAUUAUCCCUGAUACUGUAGUUACAAAAUUACACAACCUACAUGACACAUCUGCAGCACAACUUAACAAUUUAAUUGCCUUUACAAUUUUUUACAGAAACAAUAAUUACUUUUACACAUUAAACAAUCAAUCCAGCUAAGCUACAAAUACAUUGUAUAGUAGUACAAAUUCGAGGAUUAUUUCUAAGCAUUGAGGCACACACAUAUUGCACUCGGAAUAAAUAUCACAAU